AUGGCUUAUAUGGCCCUCCCACUAACCUUGAAGGGAGUCGUGAGGGGAUGGUUCUGGUCAUUGGCACCCAAGUCAGUUGGCAGAUGCGGAGAGUUAGCUCGCAUGUUCCUCACACAGUUCAUGACCAGCAGGAGGAGGAGGCGCCCUACCACGUACCUCCUAACCAUCAAACAAAGGGAGGACGAAAGUCUGAAAGCGUAUUUAGCCAUAUUUAACAAAGAGCGCAUGACAACAGAUGACAAGGAUGAAACAAUUACCCUAGCGGCCGAUGGCUUCAUUAAUGCCGAAGACAUGCUUUGGGCCCUGACCAAGCCUAAGAAGACAGAACUAGAACAGAAAGAUAGGAAGGCCAAGGCUUCGGGUAAAGCCAAGGCCCCCGAGAAGAUCAAGAGAGGACACCAAGACAGGAGGCGGGAUGAGGUGCCCUGA